GGUCGGCGCCGCGCGCGAGAGCCUCGGCCUGGCCGCGCUGCGCCCGCCGCCGCCGCCCCCUCCCCGUCUGGGCCCUUACGCCGCACGGCCCCGGCCCCCUCCUAGCCUGCCGCUCCGGAGAGCCGCCCGCCGAGGAUGCGACGCACCGCAGUGUUCUAAGAACGGAAGCAUCUGGGCUGGAUGGAAUUUAGCAUCAAGCAGAGUCCCCUUUCUGUUCAGAGUGUUGUAAAGUGCGUAAAGAUGAAGCAGGCACCAGAAAUCCUCAGCAGUGCCAACGGGAAGGCUCCGAGCUGUGAGGUGAAUCGCGAGUGUUCUGUGUUCCUCAGCAAAGCCCAGCUCUCCAGCACCCUGCAGGAGGGGGUCAUGCAGAAGUUUAACGGCCACGACGCCCUGCCCUUUAUUCCGGCUGACAAGCUGAAAGAUCUUACUUCCCGGGUGUUUAAUGGAGAACCCGGUGCACACGAUGCCAAACUGCGUUUUGAGUCCCAGGAAAUGAAAGGGAUUGGGACACCACCUAACACUACCCCUAUCAAAAAUGGCUCUCCAGAAAUUAAGCUGAAAAUCACCAAAACGUACAUGAAUGGGAAGCCUCUCUUUGAAUCUUCCAUUUGUGGUGACAGUGCUGCUGAUGUGUCUCAGUCAGAAGAAAAUGCACAAAAACCAGAAAACAAGGCAAGAAGGAACAGGAAGAGGAGCAUAAAAUAUGACUCCUUGCUGGAGCAGGGCCUUGUCGAAGCAGCUCUUGUGUCUAAGAUCUCGAGUCCUUCAGAUAAAAAGAUUCCAGCUAAGAAAGAGUCUUGUCCAAACACUGGAAGAGACAAAGACCACCUGUUGAAAUACAAUGUCGGUGAUUUGGUGUGGUCCAAAGUGUCGGGUUACCCUUGGUGGCCUUGCAUGGUUUCUGCAGAUCCACUCCUUCACAGCUAUACCAAACUGAAAGGUCAGAAAAAGAGUGCACGUCAGUAUCACGUACAGUUCUUUGGUGACGCCCCAGAAAGAGCUUGGAUAUUUGAGAAGAGCCUCGUAGCUUUUGAAGGAGAAGGACAGUUUGAAAAAUUAUGCCAGGAAAGUGCCAAGCAGGCACCCACGAAAGCUGAGAAAAUUAAGCUAUUGAAACCUAUUUCAGGGAAAUUGAGGGCCCAGUGGGAAAUGGGCAUUGUUCAAGCAGAAGAAGCUGCAAGCAUGUCAGUGGAGGAGCGGAAAGCCAAGUUCACCUUUCUGUACGUGGGGGACCAGCUUCAUCUCAACCCUCAAGUAGCCAAGGAGGCUGGCAUUGCUGCAGAGUCUUUCGGAGAAAUGGCAGAGUCCUCAGGAGUCGGUGAAGAGGCUGCUGAAAACCCCAAGUCUGCGAGGGAAGAGGGCAUUCCCAUGAAGAGAAGGCGGAGGGCCAAACUGUGUAGCUCUGCAGAGACCCGGGAGAGUGACCCCGAUGUAGUGAAGAGUACUCCUCAAAAGACGGCAGAGGCUGACCCCAGAAGAGGAGUAGGGUCUCCUCCUGGGAGGAAGAAGACCACAGCCUCUACGCCACGAAGCAGGAAGGGAGAUGCAGCAUCCCAGUUUUUGGUCUUCUGUCAAAAACACAGGGAUGAGGUGGUAGCUGAGCACCCAGAUGCUUCAGGUGAGGAGAUUGAAGAGCUGCUCAGGUCACAGUGGAGUCUGCUGAGUGAGAAGCAGAGAGCGCGCUACAACACCAAGUUUGCCCUGGUGGCCCCUGUCCAGGCUGAAGAAGACUCUGGUAACGUAAAUGGGAAAAAAAGAAACCACACAAAGAGGACACAGGACCCUACAGAAGAUGUUGAAGUUGAGGACACGCCCAGGAAAAGACUCAGGACAGACAAGCACAGUCUUCGGAAGAGAGACACAAUCACUGACAAAACGGCCAGAACAAGCUCUUACAAGGCCAUGGAGGCAGCCUCCUCGCUCAAGAGCCAGGCAGCAACGAAAAAUCUGUCUGAUGCAUGCAAACCACUGAAGAAGCGAAAUCGGGCUUCCACGGCAGCAUCUUCAGCUCUUGGGUUUAGCAAAAGUUCAUCUCCUUCUGCAUCCUUAACUGAGAAUGAGGUCUCGGACAGCCCGGGAGACGAGCCCUCGGAGUCCCCAUAUGAAAGUGCAGAUGAAACACAAACUGAAGUGUCUGUCUCAUCCAAAAAGUCUGAGCGAGGAGUUACUGCCAAAAAGGAGUACGUGUGCCAGCUGUGUGAGAAGCCGGGCAGCCUCCUGCUCUGUGAAGGACCCUGCUGCGGAGCUUUCCACCUCGCCUGCCUUGGGCUUUCCCGGAGGCCAGAAGGGAGGUUCACCUGCAGCGAGUGUGCCUCAGGGAUUCACUCAUGUUUCGUGUGUAAAGAGAGCAAGACAGAUGUUAAGCGCUGUGUGGUAACUCAGUGUGGAAAAUUUUACCAUGAGGCUUGUGUGAAAAAAUACCCUCUGACUGUAUUUGAGAGCCGAGGUUUCCGCUGCCCCCUUCACAGCUGUGUGAGCUGCCACGCUUCCAACCCUUCAAACCCAAGGCCGUCAAAAGGUAAAAUGAUGCGGUGUGUCCGCUGCCCUGUUGCCUAUCACAGCGGGGAUGCUUGUCUGGCAGCAGGAUGCUCAGUGAUCGCCUCCAACAGCAUCAUCUGCACUGCCCACUUCACUGCUCGGAAGGGGAAGCGACACCAUGCCCACGUCAACGUGAGCUGGUGCUUUGUGUGCUCCAAAGGGGGGAGCCUUCUGUGCUGCGAGUCCUGCCCAGCGGCCUUCCACCCUGACUGCCUGAACAUCGAGAUGCCUGACGGCAGCUGGUUCUGCAAUGACUGCAGGGCUGGGAAGAAGCUGCACUUCCAGGAUAUCAUUUGGGUGAAACUUGGGAACUACAGAUGGUGGCCGGCAGAAGUUUGCCAUCCCAAAAAUGUUCCCCCAAAUAUUCAGAAAAUGAAGCACGAGAUUGGAGAAUUCCCUGUGUUUUUCUUUGGGUCUAAAGAUUAUUACUGGACGCAUCAGGCGCGAGUGUUCCCGUACAUGGAGGGGGACCGGGGCAGCCGCUACCAGGGGGUCAGAGGGAUCGGAAGAGUCUUCAAAAACGCACUGCAAGAAGCUGAAGCUCGUUUUCGUGAAAUUAAGCUUCAGAGGGAAGCCCGAGAAACACAGGAGAGCGAGCGCAAGCCCCCACCAUACAAGCACAUCAAGGUGAAUAAGCCUUAUGGGAAAGUCCAGAUCUACACAGCGGAUAUUUCAGAAAUCCCUAAGUGCAACUGCAAGCCCACAGAUGAGAAUCCUUGUGGCUUUGAUUCGGAGUGUCCUGAACAGGAUGCUGAUGUUGAGUGCCACCCGCAGGUGUGUCCCGCAGGCGAGUUCUGCCAGAACCAGUGCUUCACCAAGCGCCAGUACCCAGAGACCAAGAUCAUCAAGACAGAUGGCAAAGGGUGGGGCCUGGUCGCCAAGAGGGACAUCAGAAAGGGAGAAUUUGUUAACGAGUACGUCGGGGAGCUGAUCGAUGAGGAGGAGUGCAUGGCGAGAAUCAAGCACGCACAUGAGAACGACAUCACCCACUUCUACAUGCUCACUAUAGACAAGGUAACGUGGAAGGGUACCCCACUGUGAGCUUCUGCAGUGUCC